AUGCUUGUUAGAGUACACUCACUUUCGCUCCUGGCGGCCAUAUUCGCCUCGGGAGACUUGGCCACGGCCAUUCCCUUCGAGUCAUCGUCUGCUCUGUCCACCAGAGAUAUCCCGCGUCCCCGUUUUGGAAGUGUCCCAUAUGGAGUCGAUCUUACCCAGUGCACUGUGAAGGGCAAGGUCGCCCUCUCCUUCGAUGAUGGUCCAGGAGAAUACACCGAGCAGGUUCUCGACACCCUGGAGAAGAACGGAAACAUCAAAGCUACCUUUUUCUUGGUCGGCACAAACGGCAACAACGGCAUCUCCAACGCCGCCUACACCCCGGUUCUGAAGCGCAUGUUCAAUGCUGGCCACCAGCUCGGCAGUCACUCAUGGAGCCACAAGGACUUCGACACCAUCUCUCAUGAUGAGAAGGUUGAGGAGCUUGUCAAGAACGAAGAGGUCUUCUCCAAGACUCUUGGUGUCAUCCCCACCUACUUCCGCCCUCCAUACACCCACUGCGGCAGCGCUUGCAUUUCCACGCUGAAUGACCUUUCUUACCACGUGAUGGACUACAACUUGGAUACCAAGGACUGGGUCGACAACGGCGUCAACUCCAAGCAGACUUACUCCGGCGCCGUCAACGGUGGAAACCCCGCAAGCGAUUCCUUCAUUUCCCUGGCCCACGACAUCCACACCUUCACCGUCAAUGGCUUCGUCCAGUACAUGAUCGAUGUCGCAAAGGCCAAGGGCUUCGAGUUCACCACCAUUGGCGAAUGUCUCGGCGACCCGGCCUCCAACUGGUACCGUGACCCCAAGACUGGCGAGCCCUGGGGCGGCGUCAAGGAGGAGCCCAAGCCCAGCACGACGUCCAAGCCCGCUGUUCCUAGCACGACCUCUGCUGCCGAGACCAAGACCUCUGCGGCGGAGUCUGCUACUGCCAAGGCCACCCCUACCAAGAGCGCCUCCGACGACGACCGCGAGACCGAAGGCCCCAGUGGCGCCACCACCGUCAAGCCCCCAGGUGCCUCCGCUACCAUCAACGGUGGCGCUAAUGUCGGCCUCGGUCCCGUCACCCCGACUGGUACCGCCGGCGCCGCCGCACCCACCAACACGCCGACUCACGUGGAGGUCAACGCCGCCGGUCGUGCUGUCUUCUCCGUCGGUGGCGCUCUGGCCGGUGUCCUGGCCUGGGCCAUGAUGAUCUAG